AUCUCUUGACGAGAUCAGUUGUUUCUAUCGAAUAGGUUCUAUAGACUCCUGCGCAUCACUUUGAAUAAAGCUAAAUAAUAAAAUAAGUUGUACCCUAAAGUAUCUCUCUAAAAGUCAACAAAAAUAUAUUAAAAUCUGUUAUUUUUUUUUCUAAUUGAACAAUCUCAAUAUAAAAUUGUUCAAUUACAAAGUUCUGAAAAGAAAGUCAAAGUUAAAAAUAUUCUAGAUUUAAUUUUCAAAAAUGAAGUUAGAGGACACGCCCCUUUUGAAGUUCAGACCAGACACAGUAGUGGAAGUGAGGAAAGAACUUAAUUUGGAUCAAGAUGAUAUUGAUAGGAUGCUGCAGACUUUUGAAGACUGGAUUGCGAAGCAAAACCAUUUUACUAGAAAGGAAUUUGACAGGCAUUUCUUGGAAACAUCCAUAGUGCACGCGAAAGGGUCUCUAGAGAAAGCGAAACGCACUCUAGACAAACUAUGUACUCUGAAGACAUUGCUGCCAACGUUUUUCAGCAAAUGUGACGUUAAAAAUGAAUUCACUGACAUUUCUGUAUGUAUAUUGCACGCAACUAUGCCUGUGCUUACAAAUACCAACUACCGGGUGUAUGUGGCCAAAAUAACUUCGACUCAUGUUGAUUCUCAAAUAGUACUAGACUACUGUAGAUUUAUUAUACUGAAGAGUGAGUAUUUCAAAAGAUACGACUAUGCGUUCGGGUCUAUCUGCGUUGUGGAUUGUCGAGAUGUGAACAUAUUGAACCUUGUUACGAAAAUCAACGUUAUGGACCUCCGUAGUGCUUUGGCUGUUUUGAUAGAAGGUUACGCCUUAAGAAUAAAAGCGAUCUACGUAGUUUCAACAUCGAAAGCAAUUGACGCGUUUGUGACUCUACUGAAACAAGUUGUCAGUCACAAAGUGUCAGACAGGAUCUAUGUGCUCAAAACUGUUGAAGCUAUACAUGAGCAUAUUCCUAGAGAAGCGCUGCCCAAAGACUAUGGUGGGGAUCAGAUGACGCUGAAAGAGGCCGAUGAAAACUGGAAGAGAGUUCUAAGCGAGAAGGAGAACGUGUCGUACUUCAGGAGUAUGUUCGCAGCGAGAACUAACGAGAACUAUCGCCUGACUGCCGCUUACAACGACGAAGUGCUGGGCAUGCCGGGCUCUUUUAGGACUUUGAAUGUCGACUAGAUAUAUUAUUCUUUGUA